GCAGAAGUCGACCGGUGCAUCACACGUACGGCGCCCCGUCGACGCGUCCCCAGAGCAUUCACCUCGGCUUAUCGGCCCGUCUCAUUCAGAAGUGUUGGGGUGACCUCAGUGAGAUAAUGUGCAGACGAACGAAGUGAAGGCAGCCUCGAGGUUUCCUGCACCAUACCUCGCGGCAGCAUUAUCUGCACCCCUUCACCUUCCGCCAUGCACCCAUCGAUUAUCUCCUGAGGCUUCCUUCCACAUGGCCCAUCCGCAUUAUAAAUCCCCGUCGCGUUCGCAUCGCCAUCCAUCGCUCUAGUUGCUCAUCCCACAGAAUGAAGACGAACGCCAUCCUCAGCCCCCGUAAGGACACUGAUGACUACAUCGUCGGUGUCAAUGCUCCUUUCGAUCCGUACGGAGUUCGUUCCGCCGAUCGCUCCCUCACUCGUAGCGUCAGAGACGUUGUACAGAAUCUCAUGAGAUUCAGGUUCUUCUCUCUCGCGGAUAUCCGCGCAAUAUUAAAUGUCGCUCAAAACAUCCUCGGCCAUGGCCCGGGCAUCGACGACCGGCUCUAUUUCCUUGAAAGACUCCUCAUCUUCAUCGCCCGCUCCCCCGACAACUUUGCUAUUGCCCGCAAUCUUCAGCUUGAUGUCAUCAACAUUUUGUUCAAGGACCUCCAGAGUCCGCCCGUGAACUUUCUUGCUAUUCCUUCCGUCGUGCCUUCCCCAAUCGAGUUCGUCAACUACGCGUACCGCACCGCCGACGGUAGCAAUUACAAUGUGCUCAUGCCGACUCUCGGCAUGGCGGGCUCGCCUUAUGUGCGCUCGGUGCCGGGUACGACUCCAAUCCCGCAGCAUCAUCUCCCUGAACCCGAGCUCGUUUUCAAUAUGCUGUUGAGACGCGACGGUUUUGUAGAGCACCCGGGAGGGCUCUCGAGCUUAUUCUUCUCAUUCGCGAACCUCAUCAUCCACAGCAUCUUCCACACGAAUCCGCGCGACUGGACGAUUAACGACGCGAGCAGCUACCUUGAUCUCAGCCCGCUUUACGGCAGCAAUCAGGAGCAGGUUGACAGCGUCCGCCGCAAGGAUGGCACGGGACGCCUGUGGGAGGAUGUGUUCGCUGACGCUCGCCUGCUGCUCAUGCCCCCCUCUACCGGAGCGUUGCUCGUGCUCUUUUGCCGUAACCACAAUUAUGUCGCAGAGCGCAUCCGCGCAAUCAAUGAAUUCCGCACGUAUGCCGAUCCCGCCACGCUCGACGAAAAGGGACGCGCGGCACAGGACGAUGAAAUCUUCCAACGCGCGCGACUUGUGAACACUGCGUUUUUUAUGCAGGUGAUCCUGGGCGACUACGUAGGCGCGAUCCUUGGCCUGACUCGGGACGGGUUGACCUGGCGGCUGGAUCCGCUCCAGGCGAUGCGCGAGCCGACCCACGAGUGGAUACCGCGCGGAGACGGGAACGUUGUGUCGAUCGAGUUUAAUCUCAUGUAUCGUUGGCACAUGGCGAUCUCGAAGGAGGACAGGGACUGGACGGAUGACCUGUUUCACCAGAUGUUCCCAGGAAUGGAUUUCGAUCAGAUUACGGUGGAGGACUUUUGGAAGGCGGUGCGGGAGUAUCGCGAGAGGCUUCCGACGGAUCUGCGCGAGUGGACAUUUAGCGGACUUCAGCGCGACGCGAGCGGACGAUACAAUGAUGCGGAUCUCGCCCACAUCUUACAGAGCGCGACGGAGGCUCCAGCGGGCGCGUUCAGAGCACGCGGGAUCCCUGAAGCGUUACGCGUCGUCGAGAUCCUCGGCAUCCUUCAGGCGCGCAGCUGGGGAACGUGCUCGCUUAACGAGUUUCGAAGCUUCAUGGGCUUGCGGCCGUACAGAUCCUUUAAGGAGUGGAACCCCGAUCCAAAGGUUUAUAUGGCAGCAGAGAAGCUGUACCACAAUAUCGACAACUUGGAACUCUAUGUCGGCAUGCAGGCGGAGGAGACCAAGGUGCCGAUGCCUGGCGCGGGCCUGUGCCCCGGGUUCACGAUGUCUCGCGCGAUCCUCGCGGAUGCGGUGUGCCUCACGCGCGGGGACCGAUUCCUCACCGUCGAUUUGACGCCGUUCAACCUGACGACGUGGGGCUUCCAGGACGUUCAGGUCAAUGGACUUGACGGCUCGUGUGGCGGGAUCUUGUCCAGGCUACUCAUACGCACGCUCCCCGCAUGCUAUUCUGCGAGCUCUGCAUACACGCUCUUCCCAUUCAUGGUGCCGAAGAGGAUGAAGGAAUAUGUGACGAAAUGGCCAGGGAGCCCGGUUGAUCAGUAUUUGUGGACGCGGCAGGAAAGCCUGACGAAUGGGAUCCGGAAGGAGUUGGGAGUGGAAAAGAUGGCGCAGCGAAUCCUGGGAGUGCUGCCGGAUCGGCAGUCGGUCCACAAGGCGCUAUACGAGCCAGGCGCACUGGAGCGUCACGCAGCGUCAUUUGGCAAGAUCACGCGGAGUCUGAUCGUGGCCAAAUCGGUCGUGCAUGCUAACCUAGCGAUGCGCUAUGUGAAUGUCGUAAAGGACGUCGUCAAUCUUAUCCCGGUGUAUUGGAUCGCGAAAUAUGCAACCGGAAUACCAAUGAAGACAGAGGCGAACCCACAGGGCUUCUUCGGCGAGCAGGAACUAGUGCACAUGUUUGCGGACGUUGCAAGCUACUUAUCCCCGGAUAUCAACACAUCGGAGGAAUUUGAGCUGCGCGAGAAAUAUCUCAAGAUAGCGCAAGUGGUGACGGAUGUCGUCAAAUUCCACCUCUCACAGUUUGAAAGCGGCUCACCGCUCGGCACACCUGGUCGGGCCGCAGACCAUUACGAGCACGACCGCAAGUUCCUCACAGCCCUGCGCGCCUCGGGAAAGCAUGCGGGCUAUGACGCUCUCGCUGCAGGCGUGUUUGUGGAGAUCGUGGCGAGCGCGGCACCGUAUUCGCGUGCGCUUGCGCAUGUGGUGGAUUAUUUCUUGGAAGAAGGGGAGAGAGAGGAGUUGGUGAGAUGGUUGGCGGCUGGGAAGGAGGGUGAGGCGCAGGUGGAGGAGGGGAUCUUCCGAGCUUUGGGUUCUGAUCAGACGAAUGGCGUGCCCAAGUCGAAUGGCAUCUCUCACAGCGCAUUGCUGCUAAACAAGCAAGGGCUUGUCAAGCCUAUAUUCUUCGUCAAAACUGCCGCCGAGGUCCUUCGUGCAAUUUUCGCCUUGGACGGGUUGCGACGUGUACCUGGUGUGAAGGGCAUUCUCAACCAACUUUCCGAUAGCAUGGACGGAAGGCAAGAACACUUCUACCUGGACACCGAGGGCAAGGUCACUGAGUGGCCCGUCUCGAUGACGGUGCAGUACAUCGUCCAUUGAAUAGAGUAAAUGCUUGAUUGUACCUCAGCAUCCUGUCCCUGUCAUUGCUGUAACACUAGAGAUC